CCCCUUUUUUUGUCCCUCCUUUUUUCCUGCUGUUUUUCUAACCUGCCGGCGGAGAGGGGGGCGAGCGCGGCCCCCCCGCCCCAGGACCCCCCAGGCAGGGUCAGUGUGCGCUCCGCAAUCGCCCUCUUUUCGUGCGUGCGUGUGUGUGGGUGCGAGUGUGGUGCCUGUCAAGGGGCUGUUUCUCUCCCCACCCUCCUCCUCCUCCUUCUUCCAAAUAUGCUUUUUGAAAGUUUUGAUCUCGUCUCGGCACUGGCUACCCUCGCGGCGUGCUUGGUGUCACUGACUUUGCUGCUGGCCGUGUCCCAACAGCUGUGGCAGCUCCGCUGGGCUGCCACCCGCGACAAAACCUGCAAGCUACCAAUCCCUAAAGGCUCUAUGGGAUUCCCUUUAAUCGGAGAAACCUUCCACUGGCUCCUGCAGGGCUCCUGCUUCCAGUCUUCGCGUCGGGAGAAGUACGGGAACGUGUUCAAGACGCACUUGCUGGGGCGGCCGCUGGUGCGGGUGACGGGCGCGGAGAACGUGCGGAAGAUCCUGAUGGGGGAGCACCACCUGGUGAGCACCGAGUGGCCGCGCAGCACCCGCAUGCUGCUGGGGCCCAACACCGUGGCCAACUCCAUCGGCGACAUCCACCGGCACAAGAGGAAGGUUUUCUCCAAAAUCUUCAGCCAUGAGGCCCUGGAGAGCUAUCUGCCCAAGAUCCAGCUGGUGAUCAAAGACACCCUCCGGGCCUGGAGCAGCAACCCCGAGUCCAUCAACGUCUACCACGAGGCCCAGAAGCUCACCUUCCGCAUGGCCAUCCGCGUCCUGCUGGGCUUCCGCAUCCCCGACGAGGAGCUCAGCCGCCUCUUCGAGGUCUACCAGCAAUUUGUGGAGAACGUCUUCUCCUUGCCCAUGGACCUGCCCUUCAGUGGCUACAGGAGGGGCAUCCGGGCACGUGAGACGCUGCAGAAAGGGCUGGAGAAAGCCAUCCAGGAGAAGCUGCAGAACACGCAGGGCAAGGACUAUGCUGAUGCUCUGGACAUCCUGAUAGAGAGCGGCAAAGAGCACGGCAAGGAGCUCACCAUGCAGGAGCUGAAGGACGGCACCCUGGAGCUCAUCUUCGCCGCCUACGCCACCACUGCCAGCGCCAGCACCUCUCUGAUCAUGCAGCUCCUCAAACACCCGCGGGUGCUGGAGAAGCUGCGGGAGGAGCUGCGCAGCAAGGGCAUCCUCCACAACGGCUGCAUCUGCGAGGGCUCCCUGCGGCUCGACAACAUCAACGGCCUGCACUACCUGGACUGUGUCAUCAAGGAGGUGCUUCGCCUCUUCACCCCCAUCUCCGGGGGGUACCGGACGGUGCUGCAAACCUUCGAGCUGGAUGGUUUCCAAAUCCCCAAGGGCUGGAGCGUCAUGUACAGCAUCCGGGACACCCACGACACCGCCCCCGUCUUCAAGGACGUGGACGUCUUCGACCCCGACCGCUUCGGGCAGGGCCGCAGCGAAGACAAGGAGGGCAGGUUCCACUACCUCCCCUUCGGAGGGGGCGUACGGACCUGUCUGGGGAAGCACCUGGCCAAGCUCUUCCUCAAGGCGCUGGCCAUCGAGCUGGCCAGCACCAGCCGCUUCGAGCUCGCCACCAGGACUUUCCCCAAAAUCACCCUGGUGCCCGUGGUCCACCCGGUCGACGGACUCAAGGUCAAAUUCUUCGGACUGGAUUCCAACCAGAACGAGAUCCUGACGGGGACAGACGCUAUGCUGGGGGCCACGGUGUAGAGCCCGCGAGGGACGGGCGGCUGGGGACGGAGGGGUGGGGUGGGGACACGGGGACGAACAGGAGGGGAGGGGAGAGGACCGAGAAGCUUCUCCACGACGCUCGCUUCGCGGAGCCUCCGGGUCGGGACUGCUUUCUCCACCGGUGAAGCUGCCAAAACCGUUCUGCUCCGGGAGUGGAGAAGGUCGGGGUGGCGUCAUGCCUCUCGCUUCCUUCGAAAAGAGGGAGAGUCGCAAAUCCCGAGUAGAACUGGGACUGUCUGACCAUACACAGUAUCUAAAUAUUAUAAAUAUAUAUAUAUAAAUAUCUAUAAAACACUUCUGCUGCGAGGAGGAGCGCUGCAAAGCCCCGACUGCGGGAAAGGCUUUGGAAAUCAGCCGGCAACCAGAGGUCUGGUGGCCCAGGGCGGCUCUUGGGUGGCCGCUGGGCUUUUUUUUUAACAGUGUUAAAUUAGCUGGUGAUAACAGUGUUUUUUUUUUUUUUUUUUGUUUUUUUUUGUUUUGUUUUUU